GGGAAGUGAGAACGAGCAGGUUUUUCGUUUCCCCUUCUCUGAUUUAAUUUGGUUUAGUGUUGCACAUAAAGAAAAGGGAUGUAAACUACCGUGGCCAGAAUUAGUGUACGUUUGAGACUAGAUCCAUGUAAUGCAUGAUCACUUCUACUCUCUUGUCUCUCUGUAUGUUUAACUCUCACAGGAGUCGCAUGAUCUCAGUCUAGAUGGCAGCAGCGAUAGCAGACGACAACGUGUACAGAGAGGCGGAGUUGCAGGAGGUGCCCCCUGCUGACCAUCAGAAUGAAGAACAGCUUCCAGGAACAGACGACAACAUCCAUGGCCAGGUAGAAGAGUUUCUGGGACCCCAUCCAGAUUAUGAUGAGGAAGAGGAAGAAAGAAAAUAUUACAGGAGGAAGCGGCUGGCUGUGGUGAAGAACGUGCUUGGGGCUAGCUGUGGAGGCAUGAUCGUCUACAGUGUCUACUUAGGUCUGUUGCAGAUGCAGCUGAUUUUGCACUAUGAUGAAACUUACCGAGAGGUGAAGUAUGGCAGUCUGAGCCUACAGGAUAUCGAUAACAGAGUGCUGAUGGGCAUCAACGUCACUCCCGUCGUAGGCCUGCUCUACACACCUGUACUCAUCCGGUUUCUGGGCACCAAAUGGAUGAUGUUCCUUGCCUCAGGAAUCUACGCACUCUUCGUCUCCACCAAUUACUGGGAGCGGCACUACACACUGGUACCAUCAGCGGUUGCCAUCGGUGUUGCUAUAGUCCCACUUUGGGCCUCUUUGGGAAACUACAUCACAAGGAUGGCCCAGCAGUACUAUGAGUAUGUGAACUAUAAGGAGGAGCAUGUGCAGGAGCAGAAGCGAUUGCCAAAAGGAGCUUGCCAUAAAUAUGUCAUCAUCUUCCAGUCAAUCUUCUACAUCUUUUUCCAUCUGAGUUUCGUUUUUGCGGAGUUCCCCAUGGUCUUCUUCCUCAAGAACUUUCUUAGUAAAUACAAUCACACUCUCUACAAUGUCAAGCACUGUGGAGCUGACAGCAGCGGAGUGAUCGAUGGUUUUAAUAAGACUGUGUUGUCCAAUUUGCCUCGCUCUGCCUACCUCAUUAUAGCAGAGAGCGUUCUAAUGGGAGCUGCCUUCAUUGCCAUGAUCAUAUUUCUGGCUGUGUGUGGUGCUGCAUACCGGCCCACAGAGGAGAUUGACCUGCGCAGUAUCGGCUGGGGCAACAUCUUCCAGCUGCCCUUCAAACACCUGCGUGACUACCGCUUGCGCCUGCUUUGCCCUUUCUUCGUCUACUCCGGCUUUGAGGUGCUCUUCGCCAUCAAAGGACUCAUAUUGUCAUACGGUGUGUGUGCGGUGGGGCUUGAGAACCUAUGGCCUUUGGUGAUGGUCUAUGGCAUGUCAUCUUCUGUGUGCUCGUCUCUGUCAUUACUGCUCCUCCAGCCACGUUUGCCUCGGCCUGUGGUUUUGCUGGGGGGAGCAGCACUUCACCUGAUCCUGCUGGUGGCUCUCAUGUGUUGGUCAUCUACACCACGCAGACCUGAACAACUGCCCCAGCUCCUUGUACUGGUUGCUCUCUGGGGACUGGGCACUGCUCUUAACAAGACAGGGUUGAGCAUUCUUCUUGGUAUGCUGUAUGAAGACAAGGAACGCUUAGACUUUGUCUACACCAUUUAUCACUGGUGUCAGGCCAUCGCCAUCUUCAUUGUGUACCUCUGGUCUGCCCUGCCUAUGAGGGCCAAACUCGCCAUCCUAUUGGUUACUCUGCUGGUUGCAAGUUUCUGUUAUUUACAGAUGGAACGCCGCAUAGAAAAGAAAAUUCCAUUCAGGUUGCCACGGAUUCCCCGUCCACGACAUAAGGUCAAAGGUUAUCGUUAUCUUGAAGAGGACAACUCUGAUGAGUCUGAGUCAGAUAAGAGUGACAUAGAAGCUGUCGAUGAGGACAAGCAGGUUGAAGAGGAAAAGGACGGGGAUGUCGGAUCACAGGGUUCUCAUUCUCCAGGCCCUGAAAGGAACAGGGUCCGCGGUCGCCGAUGGAGACGUGAUGAUGCUGCGUAUGAGCAGGCGGGGGAGAGGGAGGAGUAAGCCCAAGCCAUGUAAUAUAAAGCUGCAUGAAUGAUUGAAUGAAUGAAUGAAUGAAUGAAAGAAAAACUUAAUGUAGGUGAUGAAUGAAGUUUUUAAAAGGGACCAUGAAACUUGCUUUUGCUAGGUACUUUUACGAAAAAAAAGAUGUAAUUCUUAUGUAAUUCAGUAAAAAGCAAAGUAAAGGUCAAUGUCAUAUGCUGGAGUUUUUUGCCCGCUGCUUUUCACACAUUUUCUUUUUUUUACUGUAUUUCAUUUAAACUCCUGAUUUUUUUUACUGCUUCUUUUCGAACAGGUCUGUAAUUACAUCAUUUUACAGAGAUAUUAAUGUUUAAUUAAUGUAAUUAGAAAACUCCUCAUGGUCACUGGGUUUUUGUUUGAAUUUAUACGCCAGGAAAAUGUUUGGACAAACUAAAUCGAAUAAAUUUCUACAUGGUGUUACAGUGACAUUAAGAUGAGCUUAUAUGCUUAAGUUUGCUUCUUAGACAAGUAAAUAAGAAUAAGAAUUCAAACAGUUAAUAGAUGAGAAAAAAUGGUCAGAAUAUGUUGAAGAUUUUCUCGUUCGCUGCAUAAUUCCAUAUGUAUUAUUGCAUAAUUUUGAAGUUGUCAUUAUUAUUCUAAAAGAGUAUUCAAUAAUAAAAAAAAUCCAUCUAUGAGCAAUUCUAUGAGCAGUCCAAACCUUUGAUUGGUACUUUAUUUGGUACUGUAUAUACUAUAUAUAUUUAAAUAAACAUUGAUUUUUCUGCA